AUGCCUUCUGACCUGAAACCAGCACCCAUUCCCAUCACCGUGUUCACAGGCUUUCUCGGCGCAGGAAAAACAUCCAUCAUCCUUUCACUCCUCCCUCAGCUGCCCUCUACCUAUCGCACCGUACUUCUGAAGAAUGAGUUUGGAGACAUCGAAGUUGACAGUCAGCUGGCGAAGCAGAGUAGUCUGGCGGCAGUCAGUGAGAUCUUGAAUGGGUGCAUGUGCUGUGUGCUCGUUGGUCAAAUGAAGACCGCUCUCCUCGAAAUUCUCGAGAAACAUAGCCCUGAUCGCAUAAUCAUCGAAUGCUCUGGUUCCGCGUUCCCCGCAACCCUUGCGUUUCAGAUCCGAGAGCUCGAGCGCGAGACGAAUCGAGCACUUGCUCUAGAUGCAAUUGUCACGGUUGUAGACGCAGAGAACUUCACAGGCUACGAAGACACGAGCAUGACCGCUCGUAUGCAAGCACAAUAUACAGAUGUCAUUCUCAUUAACAAGUGGGAACAUGUAUCUGAACGUGCAUUAGAUGACGUCUUAGAACAUCUCAAUACCCUUAACGAUCUUACACCCAAAAUCAAAUGUCAAGGUCGAACAGGCGUCGACCCAUCGCUUAUCUUUGGCCUGGACUCCAAGCUAUUCCUUGACGGAACCAAGGACACUGCCAACGUCGUUACAGAUUCAUCACAUCAUGAUGAAGUAGAAACUGCUACCAUCUGGCGAGGAGCGAAGAAUCCCCCAGAUCACCCUGGUGAUUCAAGACUUAUCGACGAGGAGAAGCUAGAAGAAGGCCUUUCUCGUCUGUCUAAAGAGACCGUGUAUCGCGUCAAGGGUUUCGUACGCGUACCAGCAGGAUACCGCAUCCUCAAUUGGGCGUUUGGGCGAUACGAGCUGCAUGCUCUGUCUGGGGAAUAUGGCGGAGAUCCAGGGGACGUGGUGAGACUUACCAUGAUGGGUGAACGAGGUGAGGUCCGCAGAGCGGCGCGAAAGCUUGCAGAGGCCCUCGAAGCCAAUGUCGCAUGA